AAAUCUGCAAAGAAAAGUAAGUUUAGAUAAAUUUUAGAUGUUCAUCUGGGUAUGCAAAGUCAAAGAUAAAUGACUAUAUUUAAGGGAUUUUCUUUUCUGCACUAAAAGAUCAACUACCGGGGAGAUGAUUCAGUUCAUAAAGAGCUUGCUGGAGAUUUGAGUUCAUAUCCACAGCACCUAUAUAAAAGUUGGAUGAGUUGGCAUAGACCUCUAAUCCUAGCACAGGGACUUGGGUACACGGUAGGGGACCCAUGGAACUAUUUGGCCACCAGCCUAGCUGAAAUCAAUAAGCUUCAGGUUCAGAGACCCUGUCUCAAAAAAUAAGGUGGAGUAUUUUGGUAGACACCACCACACACCUUGCCACAGUCAGUGUAUUCCACACUGAUCCUGCCCUGUGUCUUACUGAUAAGCACUGCUCUCUACAGAGUAGCUUUUCUCAGUAGCACUCAGGUGUCAGAGAAUGAGGACGAGCAAUAUUUUUCAAUAUUCAAAGGCUCAAGCAUUUGAAUACUUGGCUCCUAGAUGAUGGCACUCUUUAGGUAGAUUGUGAAACCUUUAAUUAGUAAAGCCACUGGGUGUGGGCUUUGAGAAUUUAUAGUCUUGCACUAUAUCCAGUUUGUUCUCUGAGGUUCCUGAAUGUGGAUAGAGAUAGGAUUUCACACUUUCCGACCCUAGCUGCCUGCUGCUACAUAUUCUUCAUCAUUAUAGACUUUAAGCUCAAGUACAUUUUCUUCUGUAAGUUGUUUCUGGUCAUGGUGAUUUAAUAUAAUGUGACGGAAGAAGUCACUCAAUAAUGAUCUCUGGCUUCCACAUAAACUUGUACCCCCACACACAUAUGCUCACACCCACAUGAACAUACACACACCAUAUCCACCUACCUUCAUCAUACAAAGAGAUCAACUAUGCUUACAAACAGCUGCUUUAUCAAUAAUAAGCAAAAACAGAAAUGAGUUAUUAAGCCACAAAAAGGCAAGGAGAAACUGGCUAGGUAACUGUUCUAAUACUGAGCCAUGUCCCCAGCCUUAAUUUUCCUUGUACCUGAUUGGUGUUGCUCUAUCCCUGAGGUAAAUCCUCAGAGUUCCCAGUCCAUCCAUCCGUCCGUCUGUCAGUCCAUCAGAGUGUGUGUGUGUGUGUGUGUGUGUGUGUGUGUGUGUGUGUGUGUGUGUGUGUUAGACUCUGGGAUCACACCUAGGGCCUUGAGCAUGCUAGGUAAGUACUCUGCCACUAAGCUACAUCCCUCCCAGCCCAAUAAACAAAACCUUUAAAUGCAUAUUAUUAAGUCAAAGAAAACAGUUUGCAAUGCCACAUGUAUGACUCCAAUUGCAUGGCUUAUCAAUAAAAGGCAAAACCAUAAGGAUACUACUAGAUAUGGUGGUCCAUGCCUAUAAUCCUAACACUCAAGAAGGCAGAAUAUCUAGGCUAUCCUUGGCUACAUAUCAAGGUAAAAGCCAUCAUGAGAUACAUGAGACCCAAACUCAACAAAUAAAAACACCCACCCCAAAACAAAGAGACAGACAGACAGACAGACAGACAGACAGACAAGACAAGACAAGACAGACACACACAGGGUAUGCAGGGAUAGUUCAUAACUUCCUGUUCUUAAACAUAACCCAAAUUUGGUUGCAAGUCCUCACAAGGUAGUUUGCAGUAAUCUGUAACUUAACCUGACUUCUUUUAAUCUCUGUCGGUAGCAGGCAUGCUAUAGUAUAAAUACACACAAGCGAAACAUUCAUACACAUUGAUGUGACUGCAGGCCUCAGUUAUUACAUAAUAUGCCAAUGUUUCAUUAAUUGUAACAAAUGGGUCUAAAUGUUUGCAAUAGGGAAAAGGUUGUUGGGGAAGGAUAUAAAAGGAAUAAACUGCUAUUUUUUUGAAAACUUAUUUUUAUGUGUAUUUUUGCCUGCGUAUAUAUAAGGGCACUUCAUGUAUACCUGGUGUCUGUGGGAAUUAUGGAGGACUGUAAACUACUGCAUGGGUGAUAGGAACCACAUUUGGUUCCUCGAGAAGAGCAGUGCACUUAACUCACUUAACUCCUGAGCCAUCUCUCUAGCCACCCACUCCUUUUCAUUUUAAGGUUACAUGUACUUAUUGUGUGUAUGUAUGUGCAUGUAUAUGUGUGCAGGAGCAUGGAGGCUAGAGGAAGACCUGCAGGAGUCAGUUCUCCUCUUCCUUUGAACUCAGAUCAGACUUAGCAGCAAGCACCUUUAACCACUAAACCAUCUCACCAGUUCUUUAUAAUCUUUUUUGUAAAACUAAAACUGCUCUACAAAAGAAUUCUAUUAACACAAAACAAAUCUAAGUUCAACCAUGUUUACCAACAGUUUUUAAAGGCAGUUUCACUUUUAAGUCAGGCUGGCCUGGAAUGAACUAUGUAGUUCAGGGUGGCCUCAAACAGGAUGAUCCCCCUGCCUCUGCUUCCCAAGAUCUAGAUUACAGGUAUGAGGUUUCACACUUGGGUAAAAGGACUCUGCAAGUGAUAGGUAUCCAAUGUAGCCGAAGAUGGCCUACAACUCACUAUGUAGCCUAGACUGGAUUUAAACUUCUGAUCUUCCUGCCCCUACCUGCCCCCCCGAGUGCUAUGAUUACAGGUGUGUGCCACCUGGUCUGGCUCAGUAAGAGAAUCCUUGAAGAGAGGCCUGAAGACACAGCUCCUUAACAAAACAUGCACAAGACCUUGGGUUUCAUCCCUAGUGGACGAGUAUACCUAUAAAUAUAGCUGUAAAAAACCCAGAAAACAAAACAAAACAAAAAAAAAAAAACAAAAAAACAAAAAAUCAAAUGUAAUCCCAGUAUAACAGCUCAAGAUCCUAAGAGGAAAAAAGUGUGUGUGUCUCAAGAGCUUCCCAGUCCUAACUGCUUUUUCCUGUCACCAUUGUGGAUUAUAGCUGGAUACAGACAAGCCUAUGAUGCAACCCAACUUUGGACAUCUGCUGGUCAAUUAUCUUCAAAUGUUCUUUUUCUCUCUAAAGAUACAGGUACUGGAACCAGAAAGAGAUCAGGACUUCUUAGUGUGCGUGUGUGUACAUGUGUGUGCAUGGGGGGUGUGGGGUGGAAGAAUGGGCCCACAGCUGCAGGUUCUGGAAAAUCUACUUUCAGGAGCAAAGAGCCAUGUAUACCUUGCCUGUAGCAAUGUCUGUAUAGCUGCAUCUGAGGGCACCAAGACCAAACUUUUUUUUUUCCCCCGGAGCUGGGGAUCGAACCCAGGGCCUUGCGCCUGCUAGGCAAGCGCUCUACCGCUGAGCUAAAUCCCCAACCCAAGACCAAACUUUUGAAAACAUAGCCAAUACCUGGUUUGCUCUACAGACAUUAGGGUGCAGUGGCCUAACCUGGGAGGCCCUCUGACCCCGCUUUUAAAUCUAUAGUCACUACUUCACACAUGCUCACUUUCCUGGAGAGUUCAGUGAACAAUCUACUCCUUCCUCAAGAUGUGCAGACUGGAUUAGUGAAAAUUCAAAGCCCACAAGGCAUAAGCCUUUGACUAUCUUUAAAAACAACUCUGCAAAGGUUGCGUGUGGGCACACUCCUGUAAUUCUAGUACGGAAGCAGUGGGGACAGGAGGAUCAGGAAUAUAAAGGCUACCAUUGGCUGGUAUAGAAAGUUCAAGGCCAGCUUGGGCUACAUUUAACUGCAUCUCAAAAGAAAACAAAAAACAGAAAAACUUUUCAGAGCUAAGUAGCAGAGCACUUGCCUAGUACACAUAGGAGGCAGUAAGUUCCAUGUCUAGCACCUUAAAAAAAAGGCUUUGCCAGAGAUUACGUAAAACCAAACACAACAUUUGCACAGAUAUUUCUCUCCUACUACUUGAGUCACUGGGAGAAGGGGAAUUAGACCUGUUUCCCACUCUCUUAACUCUCAAACAGGCAAACUAAAAAUGUCCCAGUGUAGUGUUUAUUAUUACUCAUUUAAAGCUCUGCAGGUUCCUUUUUCUCUAUCAAGCAUGUUAACAGGAAACCAGGUAUCAUAAAAUUAAAAAGCUGUAUGGCAAAAAGCACCAGAAACAAAGACAAGCAGCAAGAGACAUCUGCUAUGUAUCAUUUUGAUUAGAGUUUGUUAUGCUGGGAAAUUCACCCACCAAGGGACAGGAUGUGAUGAUGUGUGCAGGCAUUCUUGGUUAACAUCAGUGUGUAUGUGCCCACACACUAUCAGUGUCUAGCGAGCACAUUACAGGAUGCUGUUAAUAAAAUAUUCUGCAAGGCACAGGAUGAUACCAAUGACUAAGAAGUACCUUGCCUAAAAUCUCAACAUUGGUAAGGCUGAAUAAAUUGCCUAAAAUGUCAACAUUGCUAGGGCUGAAUAAAAGUUGAGUCAAGGCAUCUACAAAUUAAUAAUUAAAAUCCAACACAUAACUAGCAGAAAGGUAGACAACAAUGAUAUAAACUACAACUUCAUGAUGAUAGCCAUUCAAAGAGAUGACAAGCCCAUGAGGAAAAAAAGCUUAACCUUGACUUGAUGGGGAAUGCCUUUAAUCUCAGUACUCAGGAGGUAGUCAGGAGGAUCCCUCCAAGUUCAAGGCCAGCCUGGUCUACAGAGCAAGUUUUAGGACAGCCAGGGCUACACAGAGAAAGUCUAUCUCAGAAAACAAACAAACAAACAAACAAACAAACAAACAAACUCAAGUCAAACCAAACCAAACACCUACCCCCAAAACAAACAUACAAAAAACAAGCAAGCAAGCAAGCAUGCAAAAACCCUCAACCUCACGAAAAGGGAAAACUGGGGACGAAAGAGCUAAUAAAUGGGGCACUUGCCUAGCAUAUACAAAGUCAACCCUGAUACCAUGUAAGCUAGCACAGGGGCACAUGGCUAUCAUGCUAGCAUUUGGGAGGUGGAAGCAGGAGGAUCAUAUCUUCACCUUCAGUUUGGAAUCAUCUAGGACAGUGAUUCUCAACCUUCCUAAUGCUUCAACCCUUUCUUUUCUUUUCUUUUUUUUUUUUUUUUGGUUCUUUUUUUCGGAGCUGGGGACCGAACCCAGGGCCUUGUGCUUCCUAGGCAAGCACUCUACCACUGAGCUAAAUCCCCAACCCCCGCUUCAACCCUUUCAAACAGUUCAUCAUGUUGUUGUGGUAAGCUCCAAUCAUAAAAUUAUUUCAUUGCUACUUCAAUUUUGCUACUGUUAUAAACCAUAAUGUAAAUAUCUGAUACACAACCCUGUGAAAGUCAUUCAACCCCGACCCACAGGCUGAGAAUCACUAGACUGUAUGAGACUUAUUCCCCCCACAAAUAAAGCAAAAUGAAAUGAUAGGCUGUUUUACUAGUCAUAUAAGUAGUGGGCCACCCUGCACCUUGUCAGGGCAGCACAGUAGAGGUGGCCCUUAGUGGUGAAGACACAAGUGAUCCACCAGCAUCCAAGGGUGUGAGAAUGGGAGAACUGCCCAGUCCUUCGCUGGCUGCAGCACUUGGGAGAGUGGGCCCUGCACCCACGGGGCAGCCAGGUGAGCCAGCCUUGAGAGAGGGAGAACAACCCUGCCAAAGGUUGCUAACCUGAGUAGUGCUGGAAACUUCACUUUGGUUGUGUGGAUACGGGAUGGCUGCUCAGCUCAGCUACCACCCACCCAGGCCCAGAUCCAGGGCUUUGAACUGGUCUACCCCAAAACCUACAUCAUCUGUAACUCUCAGUGGGCUCAAAAAGGCCAGUCCUGCUGUUCCAAAGCUACAGGAGCUUCAUGACACAGGGUAACCACAGGAUAACUGGGAGAAGUCCUGGUGUAGAUCCAAUAUUGAUGAUGUCACAGAAACUAGAGACCUCAAACCAGACCAACGACUCAUUGCAAAUGAGGAUGUUUGGACAGAGGGGUAUUGUGGGGCAUAUUGUUGACACACUAUGGCUUACAAAAGAAGUUUUCUUUUUUCUAUGCUUUGCUUAGUUUUUUUUCUUUUUUUUUGUUUGUGUGUGUGUGUUUAUUUUCUUUUUGGGGGUACUGUAAGGGCAGAUGCGAGGUUGAUAGGAGGACACAGGGAGAUGAGUGGGUCUGGACUGAAUAAUGUGAAACUCACAGAGAAUCAAUCAAUCAAUCAAUCAAUCAAUCAAUCAAUCUGCAUCCUGUAAGAAGAGGGAACAGGGGCUGGGGAUUUAGCUCAGUGGUAGAGUGCUUACCUAGGAAGCGCAAGGCCCUCGGUUCGGUCCCCAGCUCUGAAAAAAAAAGAACAAAAAAAAAAAAAAAAAAAAAAAAAAAAAGAAGAGGGAACAACCUCAUAGACAGACAUAUAUAGACAGCACCAGCUUUCUGAAGGAGGGUUUGGCAACUUCUAAAAAUUUUAUUGUGAAACCAAACCCAUGAUAAGAAUUUGUCUCAUAGCAAUGACCACAUCAGUACAAGUUAGGAAUCUAAAGAAAAACUCUACCUCUCAGUUUAUAAAAAAGGACCAAGUGUAGCUAACAUUUACAUAUAUGUUAAUAGAUGGUGGACCAGAGUCAAUUUUAAGUAGAAAGCACUAAAAUUUAAUCAUAAAAAAUUGUGGUCAAUCUGUUAAACUGUCUGUGGUCAUGAGAUUUUUUAAAUAGAUCAUUACGUUAAAAACAAACAAAUGAGCAAAGGCAUCUGCUGAAGAGAAGAGCACAACAGAGAUUAAUGUCAAAAAUUAAUAUGCACCAGGGUGCUGGUGGCACACACCUUUCACCAUAAUGCUCACAAGAGGCAGGAGGAUCAAGGCAAGCUUGGUCUACAGAGCAAGUUCUAAGGCAGGCAGAAAUACAGAGAAUCCCUGUGUCAAAAACAGCACAGCAGCAAUAAUAACAGCAAAAAGAAGCAAACAACAAAAAACUUGAAUAUGAAGUUUGUUAAAAAUGAGAUUCAAGGGCUGGAGAGGUAGCUCAGUGAUUAAGAGCACCAACUGCUCUUCCAGAGGUUUGAAUUCAAUUCCUAGCAACCACAUGGUGACAACUCAUAACCAUCUGUAAUGGGAUCUGAUGCCCUCUUUUGGCGUGUCUGAAGACAGCGACGUGUACGCACAUAUAUAGAAUAAAUAAAUCUUUAAAAAAAAGAAAGAAAAUGAGAUUCAAAACAUCUCUUCCUUCUUCUUUUCCCUUUUUUCUCUUUCUCUUCACUCCCCUACUACUCCUUCGCUUUUCAUGGUGCUGAAAAUGGAAUCUUUUUUAUUUUUCUUUUUUUCGGAGCUGAGGACCGAACCCAGGGCCUUACGCUUGCUAGGCAAGCUCUCUACCACUGAGCUAAAUCCCCAACCCGAAAAUGGAAUCUUAUGAACCUCUUUUUUCUUCACUCCUCUAAGAAUUGUGCUUUUACUUCUCCCCCAUUCGUUCUGUUUUCAAUAGCUGAUCAACUGACAAAAAUUUCAACUCAUUACCUUUUAUAAAGUUUUACUAGAAUAUAAUCAUUUUCUUUGAGCUAUCCUACUGUCUAAAGUUUAACUUUUUUCUCCUAAAAAACAAUGACACAGUUGAGUAGUAACAAACUAGUAAUUGCCACAUGGCCCACAUAGCCCAAAACAUUCACCAUCUGGCUUUUUACAGGAAAAAAAAUGCCUACCACUAUUUGUUGCCUUUGUCCUCUCCCUCCCUUCUCCACCCAUUCUGAGUCUCCAAAGGGUUUCCACAGGGAGCUCCUCUAUAGCCCAUGCUACAAAAGAUUCAACCUAGUAGCACAGCUCAGGAUACAGUGCUUACCUCCAACUGUGAACAAACCCUGGGUCUGACUCCUAGCACUGCCAGCAGUCAGACUCUAUGUAGCCAAGGCAGGAGUUACGGCAUGUGCCACCAUGCCAAUCCUCUUUUUUCUUUUGUUUUUUCGAGACAGGGUUUCCCUGUGCAUCCCUGGCUAUCAAAGAACUUGCUCUAUAGACCAGGCUGGCUUUGAACUCAGCGAUCUACCUCCUUCUACUUCCUGAGUGCUGGGAUUAACAUUGGACUGAUCAAAGAAUUCUUAAGAUAGAAUACCAAAAGCAUCAGUAUUCAUUAAGAAAUAAAUAGAUGUAAUCAAAACGUAAAACUGUGCUGUGUAAGACCAUGCUGGAAGAAAGAAAUACCCAAAGCCUGAGAAAAGUAUUUGCCAGGAAGGGAGGGAGAACACCUAGAAAUAGUUUUUCAUUAUUCUUUAUUUUGUCUUUUUAAGACUCGUGUGUGUGUGUGUGUGUGUGUGUGUGUGUGUGUGUGUGUAUGUGUGUGUGUAUCCUGGAACUUGCUCUAUAGAUCAGGCUAGUCUCGAACCAUUCUUUUUAAAUAUGCAUAUAGGUAUUUUGCCUAAAUGUGUCUGUGCAGCAAAUGUGUGCCUGAUGCCUGUGGAAGCCAGAGAGGUAUCAAACCCCAUGGAAUUUGAGUUACAGACAAUUCUAAUGUGGGCACUAGGAAAUGAACCCAUAUCCAGUGUUCUUAACUACCAAGCUUUGAUGACACAAUUUUAAAAAGCUCUUAAGACUGGACAAGUCAGACAGGCAGAUCUUUUGUUAUUAUGGUACGCACUACUCUUUUAGUGUACUAAAUGGUUUUUCUUCCUACGGUGGUCUACCAUAUUACCAAAAAGCCCCCGAUGUUCUCAAUUAACUACCAGAAAUGUACUGGUGAUAUACAUAAAUAGUGUUUAUUAGAAAUUUAUUUCUGAUAAGUAUAAGUUCACAGUAUGGUGUGCACAAGUGUAAACACAUAUAGACACAACUUCACUUAAGGAAGAAAGGGAGGCAUGGCAGCUGGAGUGAUGGCCUAAUGAGAACUUAAGUUCAAUCCUUAGCAUAUGUGUUAAUAGACGACAUGUACGACUGCCUGUGUAAGCCCAGCACUGCAAAGGAGAAAGCAAGAGUGAUGGGGCUUGCUGUCUUCCAAACUAGCUUCGGGGGGCUGGGGAUUUAGCUCAGUGGUAGAGCGCUUACCUAGGAAGCGCAAGGCCCUGGGUUCGGUCCCCAGCUCCGGAAAAAAAAAAAAAAAAGAACCAAACUAGCUUCGGGUUUGGUGAGACCCUUUUUCAAAGCAUAAUGCAGAGCAGACCCAACUUAAAACAAGAGAAUGUAGAUCAGAAGUUCAAAGUUAUCCUCAUCUAAAUAGCAGUCCCCCAAAACAAACAGAACUGGGGAGAUAGUUCAGGGGGAUAAAAGUAUUUGUGUAUGCAAGCCUGACAAUUUAAGUUUGAUCUCCAGAACCCAAGUAUAAAGGUAGAUGUGGCCAGUUGUGUAGCAAAACAAGAGACCUUAGGAGAAGAAAGACUCUAGAUAUGAAGUCCAAAGAACAAUUCAUUUUCAUAUUCAUGGUUUGUUCUUUGACAUCCACACAUGUACAGCAACAAUCUUGACCACUUAACACAAAAAAUUAACUGAAAUUUUAAAAUAAGCCAACACCUAAAACUUAAAAAAAAAAAAAAAAAAAGCAGAUGAUUUUGAAAGUACAGCAAAGCAGGUAUGUAGAUGGCAAUAAACAUAUGGGAAGAGGUACAACAUCAUUAGCUAGGCAGAGAGGCCACAUCCACCUAGUAGAAUGGCUAAAACAAAAUAUAACAACAGGAAAAUGUCCAUUCUGGAGAGGAUGGGGGGAGAAGUUAGACUUUCUAUACGUAGCAAUAGUAGGAAUGCAAAAAUGUUAUAGUCGGGGCUGGAGAGAUGGCUCAGCGGUUAGAGCACUGACUGCUCUCCCAGAGUUCCUGAGUUCAAUUCCCAGCAACCACAUGGUGACUCACAACCAUCUGUAAUGGGAUCUGAUGCCCUCUUCUGGUGUGUCUGAAAAAAAAAAAAAAACCCAGCUAGAGUGUACUCUUACGCAUAAAAUAAAUCUUAAAAGAAAAUGUUAUAGUCACUUUGAUGAAUUGGCAAUUGGCAGUCUCUGAGUUGAAUAUGGACACGUAGUAUGGUGACCUGGCAAUCAUGCUCCUAGUACUGUUUGGUUCUUUUCUUUUACCCAUACGCUAACUCUGAAAUACACCAUGUAGCCCAAACCUAUGACGGCACUACUGCCUUACCUCUGAAAGGCUGAGUAAAGAGGUGUAAGCCACCACAUCUGUCUUCUACUCUUGCUCAACGCAAGAGAAAUGAAAAUCUGGGUUCAUAUAAAUUACAGUACGUCUUACAAUGAAACACAACUCGGCAAUGAAAAGGCACUACUAAUCCAUACUACACACAUGACUUUCAAAUAUAUUUUACUGGGGAAGUCAAAUACAUUUUACUGGGGAUAGAGAGCAGACUAAAAAAAGCCACCUCUUCUGAGGGUUUUAGGACAUUCUAAUCCAACUUAGGAUGAUCCAUCUUAAAAAUGUCUCCCUAUGGAAACAGGAUCGGUUUGUAGUCCAGGCUGAUCCUCUAUAUUGUGAUUUUAGAUAGAUAGAUAGAUAGACAGACAGACGACAGACAGACAGACACACAGACUGAUUUUAAAUAAGUUUAAUUUUAUGUGUACGAAUGUUCUGCCUAUAUGUAUAUCUGUAUGUACAAGGUGUAGCCCUGGUGCACUCAGAGGUCAGAAGGCAAUGGAUUCCGUGGAACUGGAGUUAAGAUGAUUAUGAGCCACCAUGUGGGUUCUGGGAAUUAAAUUUUUAAGUAGCACAUGCUUUUAAUCCUAGCACUCAUGAGCCACAGACAGGUAGACAGACCACUGUGAUCUUGAGGUCAGCCUAGCCCACAGAUUUGAAGGCCAGCCAGGAUUACAUAGUGAAACCCUUUAAAACCAAACCAAACCAAGCCAAGCCAAGCCUCACAUACUGGGUCUUGUUAGUAGUAGCUUAGUACUUAAAGAUUUCUUGCCCACCAUGCAUGAGGCCCUGGGUCCCACCCCAGCAUCACAUGGGAGUGGUAGUACACAACUGUAAUCCCAGUAUUUGUGAGGUGGAAUUCAGAAGUUCAAAGUCAUACACACACACACACACACACACACACACACACACACACAAAUAUAUAGCAUGUUUGAAGGCCAACCUGGGCUCCUCAGGCCCUUUCUCAAAACAGAACAUCCUUCAAACAGUCCUACAAAAAGAUGAGUAAAAAUUUCUAUAAUGCAAAUUAAAAACUAAAAUUAAGAUUUAAACAAACAAAACCUUUGUCACACUGUUUCACAGCAUGGCCAUGGGCAGUCAAGGCUGAACACUUUUUGCAGGUCAAGUCUACAGCCAACUGGCAGCAUGGAGCCAGCCUUUUGGUACUUCAGAGGUUAUUCUAGUCAACUUCUAAGAAUGCUGCCCUUAACCAUUUCCAAAUCUGGGUGGCCCAACCUGGGUCCAACUGGUCCUGUGCCCAUAAGCUCUAACUGUAACAGGUCUUGUGACUAUCCAGUUAAAAUGACUACUACCAAGCCACUGCCACCUCCUGCUCUUAGGUCAACUCCCUUUAUUCCCAGGCUUUCCCUGUUAGCAACCAGUAAAGCUCAGAGGUCACACAAUUUUGCUCAUGGUCAAUAAGGCUGUUAAUAAGUGACGGAUCUUGGCCUUGUCACUACAUGGUGGUGUCCCAGAAUGAAUCAUACCUCUGUGAUGGGUGUCCCUAUUGAAUUUUCCAGCCUGUGUCCCAAGCCUGGCUUUGACCUACGUAGGGCAAAAGGCUGCUCUAUUUCUCAACUAUAAAAACCAACCUAACAAACAAAAAACAUAGAAAUAUGAGCAUGUGCUUUCGUUUUAAUCCCAGGUUUAUUGAUUCAGGGCUACUUUAGACUGUCCGAAGCAGUUGACCAUAAUUUGCAACAUGCUCUAGCAGAAGCAUGGUUUUGCCAGCUGCAGAUAAUUUCUGUGAUUAUGUGAAGGUACAUACAUUCAAGGGCCCCCCAAGAUGUGAGUAUUGGUCGUUUAGGGAGGUUGGCUGUGGCUUGAUAGUUAAGAUGUGAUCAAAGAAGAAACAAUAGGAAAGAAAUUAGAUUCAGAGAUCUUUCUCCUCCAUCCUUGUUUCUCUACCUAGUGUUGGGGUUGAAAGUUGUGUGUGUGAGUGUGUGUGUGUGUGUGUGUGUGUGUGUGUGUGUGUGUGUGUGUGUGCGCGCGCUCACGCUCAUAAGAUAAAGGGUGGGAAAAAAAACCCCACAAAGUAGCAAAAACAAACUACACUCAAUUCCUCAGCACCACUGGCAUAAGUCUUUUUUACUUCCUCAAUCACUGAUUUAAAAUUAUUUAAUUUUCACCAAUAUCAAGAGUGAGAUGUUGGCAGGGAAGAUGGGUCAGUAAGUGAAGAGUUUAUUGAACAAGACUGAUAAUCUGAGUUUGAUCCCCAGAAACACAUGUAAAAGUAAAAAGAACCAACUCCACAAAGUCGUGCUCUGAACUUCACAUGUGCUCCACACCAAAGUAAGUAACAUAAACACAGCAAGGACUAAGGGCCAAGGCUAUACAUACAUACAUACAUACCUACCUACCUACCUACCUACCUACCUACCUGGCCAAGGUCCCAACUACCACUAAUUAUGUAGUCAUGUUUCUAGCAAUUGAGGUUAACACAUCCCAAGUUCAGGGAAUGAGCGUCAUGCUAGGAAAAUGACCUUUUCAUCAUGGUAAAUCCCCUGCCAGGUAAGGAUAGACCACUGUUAUCUAAUGGGCCCCAAAAUUGGGUUCAGGGAACCCUGUGUUACACAGUAGGAAAGGAAGUUAUAGGCUCUCAGAUUUCACCAAGGAUAUUGUAUGCCUAGAGUCUUUGAGAUGGGUGGUAGGGUGGGAGGCAAAUCACCGAGGAAAUGCUCUGUUGGCAGAAAACAAAACAAAACAAAACAAAAAAAAAAAAAACAAAAAACAAAAAACCCCAAAACCUGAAGGUGCCACUUGAACCAAUUAUGACCACCACCACCCAUCAAGGACUCAGACAGAUGAGGCACAUACAGAUCCUUACCAGCCUCUGUCCAGUCAAGAAAAGGAAAGCCACUUGGCUGGGGUAGCUCCAGCUAAGUAAGUUCACAGUAGGUCAAGUGCAGAGAGUAGCCUGACCAGUCCAAGUGCUCUACAGGCCUAGGAACUUGGCUAGCUCUAGAGUCUUGCUGAAUGCCCCAGAAACUUAGAGCUGGUGAAGCUCUCGCAGAGAGAGCACAGCAACACAAUAAGGCAUGAAAACCCACCGGCUCUACCCCACUUCCAAAGCGAAUUCUGUCAGGCAAUUAAUUAUAUGAAAAAUGGUGAGGAUAAAUCAUUUCAUGUUCUCACUGUGGAUGCUACCGACUGCAACAAAACACACGAUAAAUGUGGAUACUCUUACUCCUAAAACCAAGGUGUAUGACUCCCUAAGCUGUCUCCUGACCAUACCCUUCUCCAAACCUUUCCAUCACCUUGAAUUACUUUCUACAGUGGCACUACAUACUUGUCCUCCAAGUAAUCUCUAUUUCCUCUAUCUAAUCCAGUUCUUUUUUUUAUCUUUAUUAACCUGAGUAUUUAUUUACAUUUCAAUUGUUAUUCUCUAAUCCAGUUCUAAUACAAGUUCUGCCUCUCCUUCCUCUUGACUGUCUUUCUCAGGUCCCUGUUCCCUCUUACCUAGCCCAACUCCUAACUGUGUCUGUAAACCCAACUUAACCUGUUCCUCCAAAUGACUCCUCUUCCAACGUCUCCAGGUUUCUCUGUUCAUGGUGACAUCAACCUUGACUGGUUGCUGUGCACUAUUCUCUCCUGUCAAUUCUUCCUCUGGCAUAAAGGUUUCUUUGAAGGGUAAUUGCAUCCAGUCACUUUUGAACUCCACAUUUUCUUCUCUGGGCUCAGGUGGAAUAAUGCCAACCAUGUGCCAGCCAGGCACUGGGAACACAAAUCAGGAGCAAUUCCAACCUCAGCAGAUCAAUUUAACCUUUUCCUAGUUUUAUCUCCACAUUUACCCUCCCAGACCUCUUGGUUUGGCUUAACCGGUAUACUCAGGCCUGGCACCCUCUUGAUGCCUUUCUUUUCUCAUAUUCUGCUCAUCUGCUGAUCCUAGACAGCCCUCUCCAUUCCUCUUUGAUUGGAAUCUGCUUGAAAACAAAUCCUCAGUAACCAAUAAUCAUUCCAUUCAAUAUACUUUGUAUGAAAUCAAACCUUCCUUUUUAAUUUGACUUUCUUGAGACAGGGCUUCAAUGCAGCCCAGACUAGUCUUAAAUCUCAUAGAUGGCAAUAUCUGCCCCUAACUCUUGAGCACUGGGAUUACAGGCACGAGAAACUAUUCCUGGUUUAUAGGGUGCUGGGUAUUAAAACUAAGACUUCAUGUAUAAGAGGCAAACACUCUACCAACCAAGCUACAUCCUCAAUCCUGAUGAGGUCACUUCUUCCUAGUGAUAAGAGAGAGAAUGGAGAACUUGGCAAUCUUUCUUGAGAAUAGAAAGGUAGGUAUACAUUAUAGAGCACAGCAGUGAGUAUCCACUGUGGCACUGGACAUGGAUAUUCUAUUACCAUCCUAUUUCCUCCAUUCUGUUUCAGCCAUGUGCUCUUGUCUUCAGGCAUACACUAAACUGCUUUGUCUUUCUUCUCAAGUUCUCUAUGGCCACUCAUCUUUGCAGCACUCAAACAUUAGGUAGGGCUGGCCAUCGUUGCUCUUCCUCAUGCCCAAAUUCCUUAACUGUGUUUCAGUGUUCCCUUGUUUCUAUAGCAGGUGCUCUGUAUUGUAUUAGCAAUUUCUCCAACUUAAGGAGAGCAAUCACCUAACUGGUUUUCUGCCUGCCAAUCAGUGCAUCCUUUGCAAAUGUGAUUCCCUCUGUCAACUAAUGCAAGUCUGGAAUGGGCCUUCAUAAUAUCUGAGGUCUCUUCCCAACAGACCUGCUACCCCCUUCCUUCUACUUUCCCCAAAGUUCCAUACCCCAUAUGGUUUCUUGAACUAAUGGAAGGCCUACCUACUCCACUCAUCAAGUUCUUGAAGAGCCUUUCCCACUAGUCUUUUACCUGGCUACUUCCUCUAGGCCCUCCUGCCUUAACAACUCCAGGGAACAUUUUGAGGUCUCCUGGGCUUGAAUAACAGUUCCUUUUCCUGUGCUUCCACAUCACCUGGUGCACUACUAUUGCUCACCAGCCAGGUUGAAAUCAUCUAAACAUAGGUCAUAUACACCACGGCCUCUCCAGAGCCUACCCUCUGGGCUAGAACACAACUUGGGGGAGGGGGACAUAAGGCUUACUUCCCUCUUGUUGGCCAAUUUCCUUAGGUCUUUCUCUGUAGAACUAGUACCACCUAGGGGCCAAAGGACCGCACUGCAUCUCACUCACCAUUCACCAUUUAACUAGCUUGAAUACACUGAAUGUGAUGGGAACACAAACCAGGGAACAGUUCACUCUGGAGAAAAAGCCUUGGCAUUUGGAGGCAGCUUCAAAUGGUGCCUGUGCUGAGCUGGGCCACAAAGUUUUCCAGGGAAAGAGUAGAAAGGGUCAGAGAAGGGGGUGGGGGUAUCCCAAGCUAAGAGUCAGAGAAGGGUGUGGUGGUAUCCCAAGCUAAGGGUCAGAGAAAGAUAUAGGGACAUCACAAGCUAAGGGGUUCUGGUUUUAAACUUCAGAACCAUUUGAACAGCCCAGCACAUUUUUUUUUCAUGCCCCAAGACUUCUUUUAAUCAGGAGACUCAUAGAUCUGCAUCUUCAAAAGUCAACUCCUGCUGUUGUGCAAAGACAGAGAAAUAAGUGUGAGAAGCAACUAAGCACAGGAGUAUGUUCUUCAGUCUCUCCCUUUCCACCAUUCUUGAACACAGUCAAAUUGAAGUUGUUUCCCUCAAACCAGUGUUUCAACCAGAAACAUUUUCUAUUUCUCUCAGCUUCUUCACAGAGAAGUCACAGCAUUAGAUUUGUGUGUUUUGUUUGCAUAUAUGUAUGGGAUCCUCUGGAACGGGAGUUUUGGAUGGUUGUGAGCCAUGAUGUUGUGAGCUAGGAACUGAACGCAGGUCCUCUACAAGAGCAACAAGUGCUUCUGUCCAUGGAGCUACCUCUCCAGCCUCACAGCAUUGUCAAAACCAGAUCUCAACAGUUUUGCACUCACCAGUUAAAAGGCAGUAUGUUGGAGGUAUCUUAAUGCUUUCAAACCCUGCACUGGCCUCAGUGUACGAGAUUAUCCUAAAUUUCACUUUUUUCUCUAAAAUGGAUAUCAUAACACAUACCUUAGGGACUGGAGACAGGCCCACGAAGUAUUAACACAUGGUAGUUUGUUGAAAGAUUGUGGUGAUUAUUUGUAACUGCAAGUACUCCAUGUGUGGCGUGCACAAUACUUUUACCCUGCUACUUUACAGGCAAUUGAAUACAGCUUACUCGAGAUCUUAGGAGCUUCACCCAGAUUAUCAGAAAUAGGGCCGGAAGAACUUUUCAGGAAGAUUGCUUAAGAAUUUCUCACCUCUGUGUAUGUGUACGUGUUUUGGUGGUGGGUAGAAUGAGAGAAAGGCCCUAACAACCAAUGCCUCAAUGUGGUUUUGGUACUCACAACUGAAAAAAGUAGGAGGCAAAGAUGCUAACAUUCAGUGGGCAGAGAAGCCAGGCAUGCUAUCCAACUUUCUACAAUGCAUAGAGCAGCCAGACCCCCACAACCAACCAUUAUCUGACUCUAACUGCCUAUAACAAGGGGGUUAAGAAAGCUUUCUCUAACAUCCGAUCUUGCCCCUUCUAGAGCUCUGGCCAGCGGUGUCCCACACGAACACUUCCGACAAUGGAAGCUCUGUCUAGUGCAAAAAAGUUCUCCACCGGCCCUGCACAUAGUAGGUGUCAAAACCCAUUCUGACAUGCUUUAGCAGCAGAAGACGAGAAAAGGAAGACCCGUCGUCACUCCCCAUUGUUCAACAGCAUGCAAUUGGUCUUUUCAAUAUUUACACAUUAUUUUACAAAUGAACAGCUUUGUUAGAGAUGGCGAUCAAGGAAAAAAUUUCCUUUCUCUUCUAGGACUUCCACACAUACAGAAGAAAGGUUUGCACACUUCUAAAAGGACCUCACGACCCAUCACGGUGUAUCCUGAAAAUAGUCCACAAAAGAAAUCUAUAGGAUUUCUCGAAGGAGCAAGUCUGUGGGCCGUGACCUCUGGCGCCCAAGGCCCUCGCUCCACUCUUCCACCCCCGGAUCACCGGGCCUCCGAGAUCAACUAUCUGGGGCCCCCAAGCCUCGGAGCCCGGCCCCCCAAAGCGCGUGCCCACGCCGUGUCCUUCUCCCGCCUCUCUCGCGGGAGCCCAGAGAGGAAUCUGCCCGGGGGUAGGCUUGUCGCCAAUCUGAAUCAAACAGAGUCGGUUCUCACUCGCCUAGCCGCGGCCCACACGCGCGUCUCCAUAACCAGGCCUACCGCGGCCUGGGGCCUUCGGCCGGUGCAGGCCCGGCGGACGCCCGCGGGGCUAGGCGAGCUCAGGCCCUGGCGCGGCCUACUCUUUCGGAAGUCGCCGAAGCCUCUGGCCUCACCUGAACACGGGCGGGAAGGCCCGGGACUCUGCUCCGGGGCGGGCGGCGCGGUGAUAACGGCUCCGCACGGCCUCGGUAGCGGUGGUGGCGGCGGCAGAGCGGUAGCGGCGACGGCGACGGCGACGGCGACGGCUGCGGCUCCUCCUCAGCGCGCACGACCCGCUCCCCGGCCCCGCGGCCCAGACACGCCCCCUCCCCAGCGCGCUCUACUAUUGGUUAAUGUUUUUGAAGAACCGAUCCUCAUUGGUUGGCAUGGCUGUCGCGGUACUCGGGAGCGCGCGGCGGAGGUGGGACUUCCUGUCGGCGUCGUCCGCGGUGGGACCAGGGCGCCCAGUGGAGUGGCAGAGUAGCUAUCGGUGGCCGCGGAGGGGGCGAGUUGGAGCCUGGCCCGCAGUGGACGCCAACUGGACAUCAAGGCCAAAGAGUGGCGCUUUUUAUAGAACGCACUUCGUGUGGUCCUCACAAUGCGUGAUGUGCUGCCGCUCACUUCCGAAGUAAGCAAGGUGGUCAUCGGGAGCCCAGGCUAGGAGGACAGGAUCCUCGAUUCGAAUCCCGGCCCGGACAUUUCCGGUCUGCCUGCGGUUGAACACUGGCUGACGUCACUUCUCCUGGCCUCAGUUUCCUUAACUGGUGGAGCGGGGUAAAGGAUGUGGGCAGCAUGGGCAGCUUCUGGGAAUCUAACGUUAAAAUUUCUUGGUUUUAAGAUUUUUCUUAAUGUGUAUGCAUGGGUUCAACCUGCGUGUCUGUGCACCACGUGCGUGUAGUGCAUAUGGAAAUCAAAGAGAAUGUCGGACCCUUCCCGACUAGUAUUAAUAGACUGCUGUUAACUGCAUUUGGGUGCGGAGAACUGAACCCAUGUCCUCUGGAAGAGCAGCCGAUGCUCUUAAUUUCUGGGCCAUCUUUCCAAGACCCAUCUCCUUCGAAAUUUUAAAUGCCCACAAACAUAGUAGUAGAGUGUGCCAACCAGUCGGGCAGUGAGCAGCCUGUCUCUUUUUGGGAGCUGUUGUUCUGGGCUAGUGCUAUCAGACACGUAUAUGCCAGCCUGUUUGAUUUAAAAAGUCGUCUCUGCCUCUUUCCGAUUUUUUUUUUUUUUUUUUUUUUUUUUUUUUAGCAUGUUUGUUUUCUUUUAGUCAGGAUCUUCCUGAGUAGUCCUGGCUUGGAACUUCUAAACCAGGUUGAUCAUUGAUCCGCCUGCCUCUGCUUCCUGGGUGCUGGCUUUAAAGGUGAUGUGUAUGUUUUGAGACAGUGUCUCAUAUAAUCCAGGUUGUGUGUCAGUGAAACGAUCCUUAUGCUUCCAUCUCCCAGGUUCUAGAGUUACAGGCCUGCAACACAGCAGCUGGCUAUAGGUAACCUUUUAAAGACAGUUUCAUGGGAUUCGAAAAAAUGUUAUGUUUUAAUAUUUUGUAUUAUGUCUGUAUUAUUUGUAUGUAUGUUUGUGUUUUUAAAGGAUGGUGUUUAUGUGUAUAUAAUAUGUAUAUAUUAUAAUAUGUAUGUGUUUGUGUGAGCAUAUAUGUGAAAAUCAAAGGAUUCAUUGCAGGAGUCAAGUUUUCCAACAUAAGGAACCUGGGGGUGGUGUUCUUUUUUUUUUUUUUUUUUUCUGGAGCUGGGGACCGAACCCAGGGCCUUGCGCUUCCUAGGCAAGCGCUCUACCACUGAGCUAAAUCCCCAACCAAUGUUCUUUUUUUAAAUUAAUUUAUUCGCUUAACAUCCUGAUUGCUGCCCCAACUCUUGGUCCCCCUCUCACAGAGUUCCCCCUUCCCAAAUCCUUCUCUAAGGAGGUGGAGUCCCCCAUCCCCAUAACCCCCUCACCCUGGCACAUGGAGUCUCUGCAGGGAUAGGCACAUCCUCUCUCAUUAAGGCUAGACAAGGCAGCGAUUAUGGGAGCAUAUUCUGCCCCCUGUAACAUUUUUUUUUUUUGGUUCUUUUUUUUUUUUUUUUCCCGGAGCUGGGGACCGACCCCUGUAACAUUCUUGAUCAGCUUUGUACAGUAAAACUUUUAAGGAAGCCACAAAGUUGUUGCUAUAUGGCAACUUAAAUUUUGAAAAUUAUGUAUGAACUCAGGAGAUAAGUAGAAGGGUCAGAAGUUCAUGAGCAGGAUGAAAAGGUGGCACAGCAGUUAUGAAUAGUCACAACUUUGCAGAGGACCAUGAUUGAAUUGAAUUCCCAUCAACCCAUCUAUUGACUCACAACUACCUUUAACUCCAUCACUAGGGAUAUAACGCCCUCUUCUGUCCUCUGGGGCACUGCACUCACAUAUACAAAUCCAUAUGCAGACAUACAUAUACAUACGUAAUUUAGAAAUAAAAAUACAAUCUUCCCUUAAAAUGUUCAUUCUUGACUCUGUAGCAAAUUGAAGACCAGCCUCAACUACAUGUGACCCUAUUUUUUAAAAAGUAAGUUAUUAGUUGAAGGUAAAAAAUAACGGGUCUGCAAGAUGGCUCAGCAGGAUGAGGCACUGCCGCUGGACUUCACUCUCCAGGACCCACGUGGUAGAGAGAACGGGCUCUGCAAAUUGUCCGGCCUUGUUGAGCCUCUUUAGGAGAAGAUGUGCCUCUUGCUUUCAUAUCCACACAUUGGCACACAUACUAUUUUUUUAUUGUAAACCCCAGAUAUUUUUAAUAGUUUUAUUUAACCAUAUUUCAACAUAUGAUCAGAGUUUAAAGUUAUGAGAUCUUUUGCCAGGAGGUGGUGAUGCACACCUUUAUGAGGCAGAUUUGAGGCCAGCAUGGUCUACAGAGCAAGUUCUAGGACAGCCAAGGCUAUAUAGAGAAACCCUAUCUAAAAAAAGAAAAAAAAAAAACAAAACUAUGAGAUCUUUUAUAUUCUGUGUUUUUCUUCCAUUUGUUUUUGAAAUCUAGUGUACAUUUUACAUAUCAAAUUGGACCAGUUGCAGUUCAAGGAUUCAGCAGUUCUAUGUUGCCAUUAGACGAUGAGCUAUUCUAAGAGGAGGCAGAAAAAUCAAGUGGGCUCCAUCUGAAAUGUUUUUAAAGGGACAUUCCGUCCUACGAAGGGCAUUGACCUCUGGCCCGCCCUGAGGACGUGGUAUGCACCCAUUUUCCAAGAUGGAACAGUGAAUAAAGGUCUGAGUAAUCAUGGACUGCCUCUCUCAUUAAGAACUGCCAUGAGCAUCGUGGAGGGAGCCUUUGUCUACAGAGCUUCCAAGUCUAAGUCUCCUGCAAAAGGCCCCUCCUUGCUAGUCAGUCAUUGUCUCUGUCGUCGUCCCCCGUCCCUAUCCCCAGGCUUAUCUUCAGCCAUUGGGCCCCCAACUCGUCCUUGCAAUUUCCAGCAGCGUCUGGAUGUCUGGGAGUCAGGGAACCCCAACUUUGGCCCCUAGCCUGGGCUGCAUUCUCCCACCCCCUGAGUGGUGCUACCCACAAACCCAUCACCCGAUGGUGGCAUAUGGUAAAAUGUAGUCUAGCAUCUCCUGUUUCUCCUGCCCAAGUUGUGUUCAGCGGCGUGGGACCACAUCUGGCACCUACAAAGUGGGGCAUACCCAACUGACACAUACCCCAGCUGGCAACCACACAGACCUACAUCGAAACUCUGGUCCCAACUAAGACGGUGAGUAACCCCUGGCACUAGACCGAAAGACUAGGCCUUCCCUCACUAAAGACAGAGACUCUGUCUUCUUCCCAAAUUUGUUUUUAGGCAGAGCUAUUGUACUGACCUCCAUCUAAAUCCAGACAGUCCAAGGGACCAUUAACAACAACUCUGAAGUGGAGCUGGCUCCAGAGCCACAGCAGCUUCUCUAGCCAGGCCAAGAAUACACAAUCCAUUGCCUCCCUCUGAUCUCUGCAUGUGUACAUACAUGCGGGCAUACAGUAUACUUGCAUGCAAAGAUGCAUGUGUCCCACUUCCUAAUUGAAACUUGAUGUUGGGCACUUAACAGGAGCUAGUUCACUGAAGGUCUGAAUUUUUUAAUUAUAUUUAUGUGUAUAUGUAGGUGUGCUUGUGUGGAUAGGUGUGCGCAUGUUCAUUCAAGCACAUAGUGGUCACAUGCUUGUAGAGGCCAGAGAUUCCUUUCAUUUUCUAUGUGCCGUCUGUCUUGGUUUUCUGAGACAGAGUCUGUUCCUUGGCCUAAAACUUGCCAAUUUGACGAGUCUGGCUGGGGAGCCCCUUUGUCUUAGGGUUUCUAUUGCUGUGAAGACAUCCACUUUUUCUUAAAAAGGAAAACAUUUAACUGGAGCUGGCUUAUAAUUCAGAGGUUUAGUCCAUUAUCAUCUUGGGGGGAAGCAUGGUGGCAUGCAGGCGGACAUGGUGCUAAAGAGAUAGCUGAGAGUUAGUCCUAUAUCUAGAUCUGCAGGGAGCAGAAAGUGAGACACUGGGACUGGCUCCAGCAUUUGAGACCUCAAAGCCCUCCCCAGUGACACACUUCCUCCAACAAAGCCACACCUACUCCCAACAAGGCCGUACUUCCUAAUAGUGCCUAUGGGGCCAUUUCAUUCAAACUGCGGCAUUUCAUUCCUUGACCAUGUAGUGUGAUUUAUCUUGUAGCCCUGGCUAAAGGAACACCAAUUGCUAGUCAACUGGUCCUUUAAGUCUUAGCUGUUAGAACUGCUUGACCCCACAACCUUUAGUGUUGGUUACCUCUUGAAUUUCUGGAAACAGGAUAGGAUAUUAAAAAGUCAGCUGAGGCUAAGAGGGAUUGGGGGCUAGCAGCCUGAGAGGAGAAGGCAGUUGAUGCAGAAGUAGUUAGGAGACAGUUAAGCCAGGACACCCUGCGAUGAGCAGGCUCAUAGCUAAUAGACUAGAGAACAGUUGUAAUUUGGAGCUGUUAAUUUUGAGAAAAGUGGGAGAAGGGACUGUCUAAGCAGAAUGUUGGGGACUGAGGGAGGAACAGUUGUGAAGAACAUUUGAUGACUGGGAGAAACAUUUGAAGGGGCUGUGCUGGAAACUGGGAAGAAGGGUUUGGAAAGAAAUUAGAUUCAGAGAGGACCCCCCACCCCCCACCUUUCUUUCUCCUAUCUAGUGUUAGGGGGAUAAAGAGUGGGAAAAAAAGAAAAAAAGCAAAGACCACAAAGUAGCAAAGACCAGCUAUAGACCUCCAUAGACUUGUAGCCAGACCAUAAUGCAAAAUGUAUUUAGUUCAUCUUCAAAAGUUCUCACUUUCUAUAACAGUCUCAACACUGUUUAAAAAUCCAAAGUUCAGGGUUGGGGAUUAGCACAGCAGUAGAGCGCUUGCCUAGCAAGCGCAAGGCCCUGGGUUCGGUCCCCAGCUCCGAAAAAAAAAAAAAAAUGAACUGUGAAAAAAAAAAUCCAAAGUUCAAAGUCUCUCUGAGACUCUUAACUGUAAUCCCUGUAAAAUCAAAAUGGAAAGAAAGCAGCACAAAACAAACCAAAAACAGAUCACAUGCAACUGCAGGGGUUCCAGAGGGGAGGGAAGGGAGCGUAGUGAGCAAAGACUGGACCAAAGCAAGACCGAAACCCAGUUAGUGCAGACUUUAACUUCUGCAUCUCCAUUCUGAUGUCAAAAUGUUCUUCAGGUCUCCGACUCUUCAGUUUGCUGACUGCACACACUUUGCUUGUGUUGGCUCUGCUCCCUGUCAGCAGCUUUCCUUGGCAGUCCUACAAUUCUGGCAUCUCCAACAUCUUGGGCUGUCCAAGGCAGUCCAGCCUUAACCUUCAUAGUUUUGCAGAAUGGCCUCUCUGAGCCUCCAGCCUGGCUUCUGCAGAUUUCCUUAGUUGUGGAGGGAGAUUCUGUAACCCUUUCCAUACCCUUCUUAUACCCUCGACUCAGAGCCAGAACCCUGUGGCUGAAGCUUCCCAGUUGAGCUGUUCACUUGGGCUGGCGGAAGGCUCCUUGUUCAGUUACAUCUGCAUCAGCUUUAUAUUUUCAAUGGUUUCCUUCACUGCCAAACUUUUCUUUCCACCCUUUUCAUAUGUUGGAAGCUUGGCAGGAUGGCUCUUUCCCAGAAGCUACUUACGACUCCUUUUAUUCCAUUUAAUGUUUGUCUCCUUAAACCCAGGCCUUAACUCCAUAUACGCACUGGUGCCCUUCUCUCCUCGGUGUACAGUAGGUACUUUUCUUCUUCAGCUUGUUCUUUUAUGUAAAUCUGCAUUAUGUGCUUGUGCAGCACUAAUGGAGGCUGUAAAAAGGUAUGGAGUCCCUGCUAGGGAGAGCUGUGAGCCACUGUGUAGGUGUUAGGAAUUAUACUUAGGUUCUCAGGAAGAACAGUCAGUGCUAUUAGUAAACAGUCAGGUUUUCCCCCACCCCACCCUUUUUAAAAUGGUGUCCUGUAGCCCAAGCCGGCACCAGACUUCAUAUGUAGCUAAGGAUGACCUUGGACUCAUACUCCUGCCUCUACCACCCCAAAGCUGGGAUUACAAGUGUGUACCACCAUGCUUGGUUUUCCUUUAUUUAUAUUCGAUUGUUAAUAACAGUCUGAUUUUAAAAAUUGUGUGUGUGUGUGUGUGUGUGUGUGUGUGUGUGUAUUGUGUUGAACUUGGGGGAGUUGGUACAUCUUUUUCACCAUGUAGGGCAAACUCAGAUUGUCUCAUUCAGUACAUUUAACCUCUAAACCAUCUCAUUGGCCACAGACUUAAGAUUUUCAGAAAUAGGGGUUGGGGAUUUAGCUCAGUGGUAGAGUGCUUGCCUAGGAAGUGCAAGGCCCUGGGUUCGGUCCCCAGCUCCGGGGGGGGGGGGGGAGAAGAUUUUCAGAAAUAUCACAAAGAUGAUUUUUUUAUUAAUAUAUUUGCUUUGGUUUUUUUGUUUAAUUUGAGAUGGUCUUACUCUUUAUCCGUGGCUGGUCUGGAACUCAUUAGCCUCAAACUGCCUUGAGCAAGAUACGCCUGCCUCUGUUUCCCAAGUGCUGGGAUUAAAGGUAUUCACCACCAUAUCCUUUUCACUAAUAUAAUUGUUACCAGACCUAGUAGUAUAGAUUUGUAUUCCCUGCUUGAAGCUUAGAGUAAUAGUUUAUCCAUCUGUAAUCUUAUCAUUAAACCACAAGUUUAAGACUAACCUGGGCUACAUAUCAAGUCCAGGAUAGCAAUAGUAAUAAUUUUUUUACAUGGGCAUGAGACAUCAAAGGUAGUGGGCUGCCCGGUAUGUGUAAGGCCUGAGAUUCAGUCCUAAGCACUGAGAAGGGGCAGGGGGAUGGCUCAAUAAAAUGCCAGGUACACGGGCUUGAAGAUCUAGCACUGCCCUACAUUGACAUAAUGCCCUGGCAUCGUCAUAAAAGCUCAGCACUGAUGGGAUGAAGAUAGACAGAUCCCUAGAGCUUACUGCUUAGCUAGCAUGGCUGAGUCGAUGAGCCCUAAGCUCAGAGCUAGGACUUAGAGCCAGUGAGACCACUUAGCAGGUAAAGGUGCUUGCUUCUAAGCCUAAUGACCUGUUUGAUUCUUGGAACUUGUGUGGUGAAAGGAGAGAGCUGGCCUCUGCAAGUUGUUGUCUGGUCUUCAAGCUUGUACACAAUACACACAAAGAAAUGUUUUACAAAAUUACCAGGAGAGUGACCGCCAUCUACUCUGUCCUCUGCAUGCAUGCAUACACCCAGAUAAGUGUUUACAUGCCCACGUGAACACAUAUAUAUAUACCACAGCACACACAUACACAUACAAAAAGUAAAAAUUUAUUGUAAUUAAUAGGCCAAUAUUGAUGCCUUGUUCUUGGUUAUAUAGAAUAUUUUUCUCUAAUAUUUGUUUUCUCUUCCAGGGUCCCACAAAGAUUACAACAUACCAAUUAAUUGUCCUGUCUAGUUACUUCUUGGCUGUGACAGAAUCACACCUUCCACAUUUGUGAUAACCUUUACACUGUUAAAAAGUCAGGUAUUUUGUCCUUUGAAACUAGAGCUUUGUAGCUUAGAGCCAUCUUGCUGUCUAGAGCAAGCCAGGUUAGUGGGGACUCACAGUCCUCUUGGGUGCUGGAAUUAUAGGCACUCCUCACUGCACCUGGCAGGUGAGUUAUUUUGAAAGGUGUUUUCCUGUUAGAGUAGUCAUAAGAUUAUGAUAAUAUUGACUGAAAGAUCAGUUUUCCACCUAUCAUAUUUUAAAAGAUUUAUUUAUUUUUUAUUUAAUUUUAUGUAACUACACUGAAUCUAUCUUCUCACACACUAGAAGAGAGCAUUGGGUCCCAUUACAGAUGGUUGUGAACCACCAUGUGGUUGCUGGGAUUUGAACUCAGGACCUCUGGAAGAGCACUCAAUGCCCUUAACCACUGAGCCAUCUCUCCAGCCCUCAAUCAUUCUCCAUCUUUUUUUUUUUUCCAUUUUAUUUUUUGAGACAGUCUCUUAUUAAACCUGGAACUGACUGGUAGGCUAGGUUGGCUGGCCAGUGAGCCCCAGGGAUUCUACAGUGAGGGUCCCAGUCCUCAGUGCCAAGACUGUAGGUAUGCACCACUGUACCCAGUUUCUUUUGUGGGUGUUGGGGAUCUGAACUCAGGUCCGCAUGCUUGCACUAUAGGCAUUUUACUGCCCGGGUCAUCUCCUCGGUACCCUCCUAUGUUAAGGUAUAUCCAUCAACAUUGUCUAAUCGGUUCUGCUAGAGCCUUCAGCAUGCUAAGUUAUUAGCGUUCCCUAGAAUGGCAGAAUGAAUAUAUAUAUGGAGUUAUUAGAUUCACAGGCUGUGUUCUAGCUAAUCCUAAUCCAACAAUGGCAGUCUAUGAAUGGAAAGUUAAGAAUCUAGAAGUUGCUCAGUCCAUGAGGCUGAAUGUCUUAGCUGAUCUUCAGAAGAUGUUGAAAUUCCAAAGAGGAAGGCUCCAAUGUCAGUGAGGGAACGGACUUGCUAGCAAGGCAAGAACAAGCAGACAAAGAGCAAAACCUUUCUUCUGGGUCCUUACAUAGGCUUCCAGCAGAAGGAAUGGCUCAGAUUAAAAGAGUGUCUUCCCACCUCAAGGUCAGAAUUAAAGAUGUGUGUCUUCCUGUCUCAAAGGUCAAUACUAGAAGUGAAGUCACCUACUUCAAACCAAGCAAAAAAUCUCUCACAGGUGUGCCCUCCAUUUCUGGAUUGAAGUUUACUCAAGAUGUAGUCAAGUUGACCACCAAGAAUAGCCAUCACAGUAACCUUCUUCUGGCAUGUAUAUAUGCAUACACAGAAAUAUGUGCAUAUGUGUAAUUUUUAAGAAUAAUAAUUAAAAAAUAAGCAAUGCGGGAGGCACCAGUCAAGUGGAUGGUAGCAGUUACUGGGCAGAUGUCCUGAAGAAAUUGAGCCAUGCUCCAGCAGUCAAGUACGCCUGUGUGUUUGUGAUCUCCAUCGUGGAUAUGACAAUCAGCUGCACGAAGUUCCGCCUUCACUUCUUCACAGUGACCAACUGUAGUCCAUUCUCUGCUCUUAGUAUAACUGAAUACUAUUUCAUUCUGUUGUUCAAAGGGGUCUGAUUUUAGCCAUUAGAAUUUCUUUUAGUUAUUUGUAUGGUCCUUGAGUAUUAUCCCCAGUGUGUUCAGGUUCCUGGACACUUCUUACUCUAGCAUUGCAAGAUCCUGCAGGCUCAUAUUAUAUACUUCUUGCCUCAGUCCUGGAAUAAACCAUUUCUCCAAGAAGUCUUAGAUCUUUGUGUAGGAGAAUGAUAUUAGAAAUUAAGAUGAAGGGCAGCGAGAUGGCUCUGUGUUAAAGACUUUACUUCCCAAGUCUAAUGACCCGAAUUUGGUUCCUGGAAGCCAUAUACAGAUAGGAGAGGACUGACCUCACAGACUUGCCCUCUGACCUCUACAGGUAUGCCAUGUUAUGUGUGGCCACCUGCCCACACAGACCAGAUAUGUAUACAUACACAAUAAUAUUUUUUUCCCUUUUAUACACGGUCUUACUAUAUAAUCCUGACUGGCCUAUUUGUUAGGUAGAACAGGCUGGACUUGAACUCAUAGAAAUCUACAUGCCUCUGCCUUUCCAAGUAUUGGGAUUAAAUGUGUGCAUUACCAUGCUCAAUCGUAUUUUUUUAAAUCAAAACUUGAGAUGCAAAUGAGCUAUAAGAGCAUGGACUGCUAAUUUAUAUUGUUCCUUGUGGUUUUGAUCCUGGGAAUGGAACCUGGGCUUUGUGCCUACUAGACAAGUACAGUUCCAGCCCUGGUCACAGCUCUUUUAAUCAUCCCCAUUGUACUAGGUUUGGUAACUCACCUUUGGGGAUAUAGCAGUAACUAUACAAGGUGUGGCGUCUAGCUUAAUGUCAGCCCUUAAGAGACAUGAGGACAGCUCCAGCAUUUGCUUUGUGGCCUCAGAAAGUUAACCUUCCCUAUUUAAAAUUGGGGGUGGAGGGGUGAUGGCAAUACUUCCUGACGUUCUCUGAGAACUAGAAACCCUAGGACAGAGCCUGACCAAGUAUUUAUUACAUUUUUCUCUGUCAUUCUGAGGCAUCAGUCCCAAAGCCCCGCGUCUGAAUAACUGUUUCCUCCAGAUUGAAACAUCCUGUACGGAAAAGGGAAACUCAUAACGCUUAGAAAGUAAAGAAAACUUCCAAGUCUCAGGAAGAGCUUGCAACCUAGAAGAUUCACAGGGAACUUCGCUGUGGCUGUGCUACAGAAACAGUAACAGUUACUGUGGAGAGUAAGGGAAAGUGUCUUGUGGCUGAACUAAGCUGUCUUUCGGUCAUUAUAGUUCCAGGCCUGUAGUUUUUAUGAGUCAUCGUGUGCUAAGUGAGCUUUUCAGUGACCUGAUGUCUCUGAGCCGUCUAGUUCUAGUAAGUAACCUAAGUAUACUCCCUGGUUCUACACACUGGUACCCUGUGUAGAAUGAAUAGACAGUUGUCCCUCUUGGCUCAGGAAGUCACAAAACACCUGUUGAAGUUGGGGAAGUACUCUACCACUGAGCUGUAUUCCUGCCUGUCUUAGUUAGGGUCUUACUGCUAUGAACAGACACCAUGACCAAUGUAAGUCUUAUAAAGGACAACAUUUAAUUGGGGCUGGCUUACAGGUUCAGAGAUUCAGUCCAUUAUCAAGGCAGGAACAUGGCAGCAUCCAGGCAGGCAUGGUGCAGGAGGAGCAGAGUUCUACAUCUUCACCCGAAGAAAGCCAGGAACAGAUUGAGCAUCCCCACGAAGCUAGGAGCAGGGUCUCCAAGCCCACCCCCACAGUGAAAUACUUCCUCCAACAAGGCCACACCUUCUAAUAGUGCCACUCCCUUGGGCCAAGUAUGUGCAGACCAUCACACCACCCCUUGUUUUCUAGUUCCUUUUUCUGUUAGUGUCAGGCCUUGGGUAAGACUCAGCCGACAAGCUUGUCUGGUCAGGUUGUUCUUGCUUUUUACCUCCAUAUCCCAGUCCCUUCAUCACAAGCUCUGCACCGCUCACAAGGUUGGGAGAUGGCUGAGGAGUUUUGUUUUUGAAAGGUUUGCAUGCAUGUGUCUCUGAAUGUAUGCCCACAGCUGUGUACAGAUGGAGACCAGAAGAGGGUAUCAGAUUUCCUCCCCCUCUACCUAUGGUCCUUCCCUGAACCUGGGGCUUUUGUUUGUCUUUCAGCUGGACAGAUCUAGCAAGACUUAGUGAUCUGUCUCUGCCUCCUUUAGAACUGGGGUUGUAGCAUAUGUUGGAUGCCCAGCUUGUUACGUGUGUGUUGGAUCCUCAUGGCUAUACAACAGGUACUCUAAACUAUAAAUCCCUUCCAGCCCAGAGAUGACUCAGUCUCGAUGCCUCCUUUGAGAAUAUCUUUGCUCUCAUACACUUUUCAUGUAGGGGAGCACAGAGCUCAGUCAGAGCAUAAAGGAUGCUUUUGUGUAGCUGUCUCUUCCAGAUUAAAGCAUUCCUUCCUGGGAAUGAGGGAGGCUCAUAAAACUCAGGAAGUAAAUCAACUUGAAAGCUGCACAAGGCCCUUCACUUCAGGUUACAGAAGAAAUAACAGCUGUACAUACCGAUACCCAGGAUUCCCUCUCUUGCACCACCACCAAAAAUCGUGAGGGAGAGCCUACCAGGCAGAGAAGUAGGGUGCUUGGCUCCCAGACAGAGACUGGCAAGAACAAAACAAAAUGGAUACCAGGGGCUGCAGAUAGGGCUCAGUGACUACAGCACUUGCUGGACAGUUGUCAGGAACAGAGUAUGAAUCUCUCCAACCUAUAUAAAUGUCAUCUGGAUGGGGUGCAGCACUCUGUAAUUUUAGCCUUGGACUGUGGAGACAGAUCAGCAGAGCAAGCUAAUGAGGUCUGGUUUGAUUGAGAGCUCUGCCUAUGGUUCCCAACAUCAGCAUGGGCCUCCUCAUGCAUGUAUGUGAGCUCAUACAUGCAAACAUGUAUACAUAUAUGAAAGAAGAGGGAGGAGAUAGCUAUUCAGGAAGAUUAUUCUAUGUAAGGAAUUCAAGUAGGGAGUAGAGAGAAUGGGAAAGACACUGAAGAAGUGCUGUUCAUCUGCCCUGAAGAAUCAGAGAGGAAGCUAGAGAAGUUAUGUCAUUUAAGAUUUGUUUUUAGAAAGUGAGCAGUGGGAGGUGGUUGCACAGGCCUUUAAUCCUAGCACUUAUGAGUCAGAGGCAGGCAGAUCUCUGUGAGUCGGAGGCCAGCCUGGUCUACAGAGCUAGCUCAGGACAGCUAGGAUACACAAGGAAACUAUCUCAAAGGGGAAAAAAAAUGUGUAUGUGUGUAGUUACCUGAGGCCAGAAAAUAAGUAAGUGCUGGAGCUGGGGUUAUAAUCUGUUGUGAGCCACCUAAUGUGGGUACUGGGCUUCUGCAGGAACAGCAAGCCCUUUUAAUCACUAGGCUGUUUCUUCAACCCCAGGUCUGUCUUUUUUUUUUUUUUUUUUUUAAAUCAGUGUGGUUACCAUAGCAACAAGAAACAGGCCCACAAAGCCUCAAAUGUUUUCUGUCAACUCCUUUCAACAAAGCUGUGGAUAUUUGUUUGUACUAGUUUUCUGUUGCUGACAAGGUGACAUUUUAGAUGUCACAUUUAAGUAGAUGAACAUGUUAGAUAGAGGAAAGGUUUAUUUUGGCUUUUGGAUUUCAGUCCGUGAUCUCUUGGCUCGCCUGCUUCUGGCCUGUGGUGGGGCAGAAGAGUGCAGUGGGCACAGCUGUCCCUCUCAUGGCAGCCAGGAGGGGGAGACUGAAAACAAGAGAGCAGGUACAGAAAGCUGCAGGCGGUCUGUGGGUUCACAGGGGACGAACAAACAACCCAGGAGCAGCAGCCAGUGUUGUGAGUCUAAGUUGGUACUGAGAAGACAGGAAUGUCUCCAUGGCUUGGUGUCCAAGCAGGCUAGCCAAACAGUGAGAAGCCCUUUCUUUCAUACACACUGAACAAAAAUGGCCAGGCAAGGUGCCUCAUGCUUUUAGCACAAACAUGAGUUCAAUGCUAGCCAAGGAAACACAAUAAGACCAUCUCAGAAACCAAAAAACAAGGUUGAGAGUGAUUGAGGAAGAUGCUCAGUGUUUACCUGUGGCCUCCACUCAUGAUACUGGAAUGUGGGGGAGUAUAAGAAGUCUCACAGCUGGGUAAAGAGUGAUUGGGGGAAAUGCCCAAUGUUGGCCUAUAGCUUCCACAUACAUGUCCACACAUACACAGUCCCAAGGGAGUGGCACUGUAUAAUUGGGGGCGGGGGAGGAAGGGACUUUCAGCUGGGCAUAAGGUAGCCAACCAGAAAGAGAAAGGAAAGCUCUAGGAAAAACAAGCCAGAGCUGGCUCCACUGCUCUCUGGCAAUACAGUAGGGCUAUCCUUGAUGGUGGGAGCUACCCCCAAGGGCAUAGGCUGGGGAGGGCUGACCCUACCUACCCCUAGAUUGCCAUGGAGUGGCUUGGGAGACAAAGGCCCCCUCACCUCCUUACCCCUCACUGCCUUUCAGCUGGCCCUACACCUCACCUGGGCAGCACAGUAGAGCUGACACUGGAGGUAAAGGUUUUGGUAGGCUGGCCCAAAGAUGAGAACAGGAAAGCUGAUCCUACCUGUUGCUGCCUAUGGCACUGAGUGAGCUAGCCAGGUCAGUGCUGGAGAGCUCGCCCUGGUGGUGUGGGUACAAGAAGGUUGGUGGACUGAACCACUCAGCUACCUCCCAGGCCCACAUCCAGGGCCUACCCCAUCUAUGAUUCACUGAUGUUUGUGAAAGGGCUGGUUUGAAGUUUCAGGAUCUCCAUAACACAGGGCAACAGCAGCAUACCUGGGAGGAUCCAGCACUGACAGUGUAGCAGAAGCCAGAGGCCUCAGAACGGACCAACAGCUGUCUCAUUGCAGUGAACACUUGUAACUUGCAAGAAGGAUGUGUGUGCACAAAAGGAUGUACUCUGGGACACUACAGCUUCCAUGGCAAGACUUUUUUGUUGUUUGAAGAGAGGUUUGCAAGGGUGGAUAUGGAAGGAUGGGAGAUGAGUGGGAUUGGGGUGUAUGAUGUGAAAAUCAUAAAGAAUAAAAAGUAAAACAGGAAA